AUGUUUUGCACCUCUUGUUCACGUACACUAUCCUCUAAUGCCUUUGUGCUUGAUAGUAAAAGCAACAAAAUAUGUGCUAAAUGUUUGAUUACUAAAGCAGAAAAGAGAGCCGAAAAGAAAGCUAAAAAUGCUAAUGUUGAAGAUAUUCCUAUGAAAAAAAUUUCUUUUAAAGAAAUUA